AUAUUCCACCAAAUAUCCACUGACGCUGGUAACCCUAGAGCCAUGCGCAUGCAACACACUUCUACCACACAUAUGUAUAUCACCUCUUGUUCAUUCCGAUUCAAGUCUCUUUCCGUGAAAAGAUUUGAAUACGCGACAAAGGUGUAUAUAUAUAUAUAUACGUACGUAGAUAUAUAAACACACAAUCACAACUCAGAACAAUUUCUUGAGAUCGAUUCAAGGACAAGGCUUCCGAAUUGCAAAGAUGACGUCAACGGUGAUCGACAUUGCUGCUGCUGCAGCUGAUGGAGGGAGAGGAAGCACGCGGAGGAAGGCGAGGAGAGAAGGCUGUGUCGGGUUCGUGAGAUGCGUGGUAUCCUUUGCGAAGAGGAAGAGAAGCAAGGGUGACGUCAGAAGAGUUGUGCAUAGCGUCAAGGUCGGGUUUGCUUUAGUGUUGGCCUUCCUCCUCUAUCUCCUCGAUCCUCUCUACAAGGAAUUCGGGGAUAACGCCAUGUGCGCCAUCAUGACCGUCAUCAUCACCUUCGAGUUCUUCGCCGGUGCAACGUUGAGCAAGGGCUUGAAUCGGGGGAUUGGGACAAUACUGGGAGGUGGGUUAGGGUGUUUGGCUGCAGCCUUGGCUCAAGAAGUGGGUGGACUCGGAAAUGUUCUCGUGAGUCUCACCUCUGUCUUCAUAUUUGGAGCUGGCGCUUCUUAUUCGAGAUUGGUUCCAAGCAUCAAGAAGACAUACGACCACGGGGUAAUGGUGUUCAUUCUCACGUUUAACCUGGUGGUCGUGUCUGGUGUACGUGCCGAGAAAGUCUUGGAGUUAGUCCAAGAACGCCUUCUGACCAUCAUCAUGGGAUUCUGCCUCUGCAUUUUCAUCAGUUUGCUCGUGUUUCCCGUCUGGGCAAGCGACGAACUUAACGAUUCACUCGCUUCUAGAUUCCGAGACCUCUCUGUCUCGAUCGAAGGUUGCCUGGAGGAAUAUUUCAGCUCCCCUGAAACCAAACCCAGCUUUAGUUUCAGCGGUUGCAAAUCUGUGCUCCACUCCAAGUUAAAGGAUGAAACUCUGGUGGAUUUCGCUAAAUGGGAGCCACGGCAUGGAAGGUUCAGGCUUUUUCACCCGUGGGACAAGUACCUGCAGAUGGGCGAACUUCUACGUGACCUGGCCGCAACUAUCCUGUCGCUUGAACCAUGUCUCAAGUCCUCUAGAGAGGCGUCCAAGCUUCUGAAACAGUCGAUCGAAGAGCCAUGCGAGCUGGCAGGGGCGACUCUCGCAUGGAUCCUGAUGGAGUUAGGAGAUAGCGUAAUGAGAAUGAGGAAGAGCGGAUUAUCGGACGAUAUAACGCUAAAGCUGAAAACCGUAAGGAGAGAGCUGAGUUUGGCGGGUCAGAAACUAGGGCAACGGGGGCCAUCCGCUGAAGACACCAUCCCAAGCAUAAGCUUUCUGUUCGCGUUGACAGAGACGGUGAAUAAGGUCGAAGAAGUCGCGAGAGAAGUGGAAGAACUGGCAAAGAUUGCUUAUUCCGCAAGGCAAGUGCCGAAUCAUAUGGAUGAAAUAGCAGGCGCUAAUCUCGAUCUGGCCAAGGAAUGCGAACAGAUGUGCCAGAGGCCGAAGACGAAUAAUAAUAACAGGCCAAUCCAUGAAUAAACGAUGCACCAGUUAAGGAGAAGAAUGGAAUCCAUCAUUUGAUUUCAGAUGAUAAACUAUAACGAGAAUGUACCUUACAUUUUGUUCAAACCGCUGUCAUCCACGUGCAUUCUCUCUUUAAUAUAUGCAAGAGGAUUUACAAGAAUUUCUAAUUAAUAAUCCAAA